AUGAGGUUCCUGAGUGUGACUCUCUUGCUGCUCCUGUCCCUGUACACUGUACUCGGUGUGAUGGAGGUGCGUUGGUGUACCAUCUCAGACCCAGAGCAGCGGAAAUGCGAAGACAUGAGCAAGGCCUUCCAGGAGGCUGGCAUCCAGCCCUCCCUCCUCUGCAUCCAGGGCACCUCUUCUGACCACUGUGUUCAACUCAUCAAGGACCAAGAAGCUGAUGCCAUCACCUUGGAUGGAGGAGCCAUUUAUGAGGCGGGGAAGGAGCAUGGCUUGAAGCCAGUGGUGGGUGAAGUGUAUGACCAAGACGCUGGGACCUCCUAUUACGCCGUGGCCGUGGUCAGAAGAAAUUCCAACGUGACCAUCAACACCCUGAAGGGCAUCAAGUCCUGCCACACAGGCAUCAAUCGGACUGUGGGCUGGAACGUGCCUGUUGGCUACCUAGUGGAGAGCGGCCAUCUCUCAGUGAUGGGUUGUGAUGUGCUCAAAGCCGUUGGCGACUAUUUCGGGGGCAGCUGCGUCCCUGGAGCGGGAGAAACCAGCUACUCUGAGUCCCUCUGUCGUCUGUGCCGUGGCGACCCCUCUGGGCACAACGUGUGUGACAAGAGCCCCCUGGAGAGAUACUAUGACUACAGCGGAGCCUUCCGGUGCCUGGCGGAAGGAGCAGGGGAUGUGGCCUUUGUGAAGCAUAGCACAGUGCUGGAGAACACGGAUGGGAAAACCCUGCCAUCCUGGGGCAGGGCGCUGAUGUCCCAGGACUUCCAGCUACUCUGCAGGGAUGGCAGCCGGGCCGAUGUCACUGAGUGGAGACGGUGCAACCUGGCCCGCGUGCCUGCACAUGCCGUGGUGGUCAGGAAUGACAUGCAUGGGGGCCUCAUAUUCCAGCUGCUCAAUGAAGGCCAGAUUCUGUUCAACCACGAGUCCAGCAGCUUCCAGAUGUUCAGCUCCGAGGCCUAUGGCCAGAAGAACUUGCUGUUCAAAGACUCCACCUUGGAGCUUGUGCCCAUCGCCACCCAGAACUAUGAGGCCUGGCUGGGCCAGGAAUACCUGCAAGCCAUGAAGGGCCUGCUCUGCGACCCCAACCGGUUGCCCCACUACCUGCGCUGGUGUGUGCUGUCCACACCCGAGAUCCAGAAGUGUGGAGACAUGGCUGUGGCCUUCAGCCGGCAGAGACUCAAGCCAGAGAUCCAGUGUGUAUCGGCCGAGUCCCCAGAGCACUGCAUGGAACAUAUCCAGGCUGGUCAUAUUGACGCUGUGACCUUGGAAGGUGAGGACAUCUAUACAGCAGGCAAGGCGUAUGGCCUGGUCCCGGCGGCUGGAGAACAGUAUGCUGAGGAGGACAGGAGCAAUUCCUACUUUGUGGUGGCUGUGGUGAGGCGAGACAGCUCCUACUCCUUCACCUUGGACGAACUUCGCGGCAAACGUUCCUGCCACCCAGGCUUGGGCAGCCCUGCCGGCUGGGAUGUGCCCAUAGGCUCCCUCAUCCAGCGGGGCUUCAUCCGGCCCAAGGACUGUGAUGUCCUCACAGCCGUGAGCGAGUUCUUCAAUGGCAGCUGUGUGCCUGUGAACAACCCCAGAAACUACCCAUCCUCGCUGUGUUCACUCUGCGUGGGAGAUGAGAAGGGCCGUAACAAGUGUGUGGGUAGCAGCCAGGAGAGAUACUACGGCUACAGCGGGGCGUUCAGGUGCCUUGCAGAGCAUGCAGGGGAUGUGGCCUUCGUCAAGCACACAACGGUCUUUGAGAAUACAAACGGCCACAAUCCUGAACCCUGGGCUGCUCACCUCAGGUCACAAGACUAUGAGCUGCUGUGCCCCAAUGGGGCACGGGCUGAAGUAAGCCAGUUCCAGGCCUGCAGCCUGGCACAGAUGCCAUCCCGAGCUGUCAUGGUGCAUCCAGACACCAACAUCUUCACUGUGUAUGGACUUCUGGACAAGGCCCAGGACCUGUUUGGAGAUGACCGCAACCAGAAUGGGUUCCAAAUGUUUGACUCCUCCAAAUACCACAGCCAAGACCUGCUUUUCAAAGAUGCCACAGUGCGAGCAGUACCUGUUGGGAAGAAAACCACAUACCUGGAAUGGCUGGGUCCUGACUACGUGGUGGCUCUGGAAGGGAUGCUGUCUCAACAAUGCUCGGGUGCAGUGGCCACAGUGCACCGAGUACCCCUGCUGUCCCCGCUCCUGCUGGGCCUGGCUGCAGGCCUCCUCCCGCGUGCUCUCUGAAUGUGGUUGCUGUAGGCAGCGGCUUGAGCAGGGAAAGCUACAGAGUCCAGCCCAAGAAACCCGGAAAUCGGCUAACCCUGCAGGAGAGCGCGGGAUUCCAGAGACAAGGUGAGGACUCUCACACGCAGCCCAAAGAGAAAUUUCUGGAAUCAGGAUGAUAAGGCCAAGUCUUCCCACCUGCCUGAGCCCUUGGUACCUGAGGCAACGUGCUGGCGGCUCCUUCAGCGAAUCUGUGCUUCCCACCUGGAGCCUACAGGCUGGCUGGGGGGAGGGAGGGGGACAAAGAGAGGCUGGCUGCCAUGGCAACCGAAAAGCCGGCUUCCCACACCUGCCUCUGUGUCAGUUGCCAAGGCAGAAACCCACCACCAACCUAGAGGACCUCAGUGACACAGUUCCCCCCCACCCAGUCCCUGCUCCCGCUGCUCCACUGCUCUCUCCCGAGUACGUCUGUCCACCGAGGCUCAGAGGCCCAAGCCCUGGGAGGAGCAGGGUUGCUAAGCACCUGAACUUUGUUCUUGUCUUCUGUGGCACCAAGGGGCCCAGCCCACUGGACAGUAGAAUCUACCAGACAGGGAUGGGAGAAAGGCCAGAGCUGGACUGUGGAGAUGAAGUCCUGCAGAAAACCUCAGGUGAAGGAGGUGCAAGUACUCCUACUCCUCCGCCAGCCUCACCCCCAGAAAGAAUGUUAGUGGAUGAGGAGCGUGAUGCAGGGUGAGGACUUCCUGCUGCAGGACUUGCCCUGCCCUGCCUGGACCUCUCCGCAUCAUGAGACUGCUGCCUGGAAUCCACUGCUCCCUCCUUUGGGGUCAACCUCAACAUUAUCUUCCUCCCUGCCUCAGUGUGUCCCUCACCCCCCACCAUCACCACACACACGCACACACACAUACAUGCGCGCACACACACACACCUUGACUGUGGGAGCAUUUCUAUCCCUUGUUUGAAGGAGCGUGAGCUAGCCCAAAAUCGACACCUGUGUUGAACUGUGCCCGAGGACAUGCCUGAACCAUGGGGUUGGGAAGAGCCCUGUCUUUGCCCACAGCCCUGCACCUGGUGCAGAAGGGGCCCCUGGUUCCUGCACACUGUGAGAAUCCACAGAAAGCUCAGGGAUGACCCUCUCCCCUCUCCAUUUGGCCAUUGUUCCCUCAAGAGCCAGAGAAAGUUUUUCAGAACUCCCAGCUUUUACUCCAAAUUUUGUUCCUUUAAAAAUAAUAAAGAGAAGAAACAGGAGCAAGCAGCCCUUGUCAGCACCCUGGAAGCAGCGUGGGCCUGGAGCUAUUUGUGUACUGGUCUGUGUGGGGGGCCUCGGGAUGCUGAUGACAGGCCAGGUUCCCAGUGGCUCGCCCCCACCUGUGGGCGACAGGACAGAUCUUUUACAUCUCUCAGCGGCAGAGAAGGCCCUGGCAGUGUCCCAUCCAGAGUCACACCUUCCUGAGGAAUCUCGGUCACCGAGCUGCUUUGGAGACCAAGCCCCUCCUCUCAGGACAGAACCAGCCAUUCUUUUCAGACCUGGGGAUUGGUAUUUCUCUUACAGGAGACUUUCAC